AAUGAAACAUCCAAAGGUAAACCAUAAAUAAUAUAACAUGCCAUCGGUGCGACUGUUCCAAAAGUGAGAUAUCUCGUAUACUUAGUUGAAAAUUUUAUCUAAUCUUAUCUGUAACAAUAAUUAUGUUUGAUAUUAGUAUAUUUCGCAGUGCUAUGCUAACUAUCAUAUUUAGCAACAGAAAAAGUGAUUCAUAUUGUUUCAAUAAAUACAGUUUGUGAUCAGAUGUUCAAGUGACAAGGUUUGUGCCAAGGAAACGUCACGUGAGAACCGGCUACGUGUGAAAAGUGAUUGUUCCAUCAGAAUGUAUCGAGAGGCAAUUGUUGUUGACAAUGGAUCAGAAUCAUGCAGAUUCGGUCUGUCCGGUGAUGAAAUUCCGCGCAUUUCCAUACCUCUGUCGAGCGACAAUCCAAAUAGAACGGAAGCAUUUAGCAAAACAUCAAACGACGUGAUUUCGCGAGGAAUCAUCACCGAGUGGGACACAAUGGAGAAAAUAUGGAGUGACACGUUUUCCGAAAAGUUGCAAGUCGACACCAAAGAGCAUCCGAUACUGAUGACGGAAUCGGCCAUAUCCGAAAAGUCUAAUCGAACGAAAAUGACACAGAUAAUGUUUGAGAAAUUUUCAACGCCUGCAAUGUUUUUGGCAACACCAGCAGUGCUGUCCCUGUAUGCCUGUGGACGGACAACAGGCGUCGUCGUAGACAUUGGACAUGGGGUCUCUCACACCGUACCUAUUUAUCAAGGUUAUGCUCUUCCUAAAGCUGCUCAUCACUCACCUUGUGCAGGGAUGGAUCUCACAAAUUAUUUAAUAUCACUUUUAAGAGAACGUGGACACAUUCUUACAACUCCCGAUGAUAGAAAAGUGGUCCAUAGCAUGAAAGAACAAUUUUGUAGAAUUGCUCUUAAUUUUGAAGAAGAAUUAAAGGGUCCCAAAACAGAAAAUAAACAUACGUUACCUGAUGGAACUGUUAUCACAAUGACUGAUGAAUGUAUAAGAUGUCCAGAGGCUCUUUUUAAGACUUAUUUGAUAGAUUCUACUGCCCAGGGUAUUCAUGAAGCAGUUUUUUCUUCUAUUAUGGCCUGCGAUAUGGAUAUCAGGAGGGAUUUGUUUGCCAACAUCAUUUUAACAGGUGGUUCAACGUUGUUCGAGGGUUUUGUCCCCCGUCUCCAAAAGGAGUUAGACAAAUUAUCUCCAAGAAAUGUCCAAGUUAAAAUCAAGGCACCAGAUGACAGGAAAAAUACUGUCUGGGUCGGAGGUUCUAUUCUUACAUCUUUAUCAUUAUUUGAGCAAAUGUGGGUCACUCGUAAAGAAUAUGAAGAAAUGGGUCCAUCGGUAGUUCACGCCAAAUGUUACUGUUAGAAAAUAAUAGUUAGAAUUAAUAUUUAAUCAUUCCAGUCACCUGUUAAAUCAUUAGUUAUAGCAAUAAUUAAUAGUAGGUUUUAAUACUAUUAAGAUUUUUAUAUAAUAUUUAUUUAUAUAUUCAAAUGUUAAGCUUAUAUUAUAUUUAUAUGAUCAGUUCUCAGUAUCGUCGAUGUAUUUUUGUAAAU